CCUAUGGGUAAUGCUGCAAAUAUUGUGACGAUACCAGUCAUGGAUAGUACUCUUUGUCUUACAUUGCUACUUGGAUGUUUCACACAUUUAUAUAUGUUUGGUACGGUACAUAGUUUGCCGCCCAGCUUCAAAGGUCGAAGAAAUGUGCUUAUAUUUAUCGCAGAUGAUGGCGGAUUUGAAAUGCAAGCUUACAAUAACUCCGUAUGUCGUACACCGAAUUUGAACGCACUAGCUGAACGAAGUGUGGUUUUUGAUCAUGCAUUUACAUCCGUGAGUAGCUGUUCCCCAAGCCGUUCAGCUAUUUUAACAGGUUUGCCACAACACCAAAAUGGAAUGUAUGGCUUGCAUCAUAAAGUUCAUCAUUUCAAUUCCUUUGAUGCUGUGAAAAGUUUGCCCAAACUUUUGCAAGAUUCUGGGGUGAGAACAGGGAUUAUUGGCAAAAAACAUGUUGGACCUGAAAAAGUAUACCCGUUUGAUUUCGAGUAUACAGAGCAGCAUCAUUCCAUACUUCAAGUUGGUCGAAAUAUAACCUACAUGAAAUUAUUGGUUAGGGAGUUUUUAAAAGAAUCCCAGCAAGAUACCCGACCAUUCUUUCUGUACAUUGGCUUUCACGAUCCUCAUCGCUGUGGACACACCAAUCCAGAAUACGGGCAAUUCUGCGAAAAAUUUGGAAACGGUGAGCCUGGCAUGGGAAUAAUAGAAGAUUGGAAACCAAUUCAUUAUGAUCCAGGCGAUGUUGUAGUUCCGUAUUUCAUUCAAGAUACCAUUGCUGCAAGACGGGACCUGGCAGCACAAUACACCACCAUUAGUAGGCUUGAUCAAGGCGUUGGUUUGAUACUGAAUGAACUGAAAGACGCUGGUUUUGAAGACUCAACGCUGGUGUUGUACAGUUCAGAUAAUGGAAUACCAUUUCAAGUUGGUCGCACAAACUUGCAAGAACCUGGAAUGAGUGAGCCACUGCUUGUCUCGACGCCGCUGCACCCGGAAGGCUGGAACACCCGGAGCGAUGCUCUUGUUAGCUCAGUUGACAUUACACCAACCGUUUUAGACUGGUUCAAUAUUACCUAUCCCACAUACAAAAUAUUUGGUCCCGAUUCGGUCAAGCUAACUGGAAAAUCUCUUCUGCCUUUACUAGAAGAACAUAAGGUACCUUUCGACGAUUGGGAUACUGUGUAUGCAAGUCACAGCCUUCAUGAGAUCACAGGUUACUACCCAAUGAGAGUCAUACGGAAACAAAGAUUUAAACUGAUUCACAAUUUGAACUUUUUAAUGCCGUUUCCAGUCGAUCAAGAUUUUUUUAUUUCACAAACGUUUCAAGAUAUCCUUAACCGAACACGUAGGCACAUUGACACACAUUGGUUCAUGACGUUGCAUGAUUAUUACUAUCGACCGCGCUGGCAACUUUUUGACCUAGAGAACGAUCCUAAGGAACUCGUGAACCUUGCUGGAAAGGCGGGAUUUGAAGAUGUGUUCGAGAGUUUGCGAAACGAAUUGCAUCAUUGGCAAAAUGUCACCUACGAUCCAUGGAUAUGUGCUCCUGAUGGUGUCCUUGAAAAUUCCGGCCCAUUUUCACCAGCUGGAACCUGUCUGCCGUUGGAUAAUGAUUUAUGAAUAAUGUAUAAUAUGACAUGCAGAAUUACAUAUCGCAGAUGUAUGUACCAGGCUGAAAUGUCUCUAUAAAGUAAACAACCCCAUAAUUGACUAAUAUACGCCAGUAAAUAGAAUAAUCAAUAAAUUUUAUAAACAUGUAAAAUUUCAUUAAAUCACAAAACGUUAUCAUUUUUCCAUCACUACACUUCACUGAGUUGACAUUGUGCCGACGAAAUUUCGAUUUGGAACAACUGUUGCAUGUACAAGCACUCUUUCAAAAAUAGACCAUUACAGUUUAUAUACCUAUAUAGUUCUUAGAUCUUUUGGGAUAUAUGAGCGGGGGUGUAUAUACUUAUUAAUUUAU